CACUGCGAGAGGGACCCGGACGAGGCCUUCCGCAGAGCCGUGCUGCUGCCCUUGCUGGACCUGCCGCCCCCCGCCAAGCCCCUGCUGCUGCUGGUGGAUGCCCUUGAUGCCGGCCCCUGCGACCGACUGGGGGGCAGGGGGGAGGAGGAGGAGGAGCGCGCCCCCCCGCCGGGGCCCAGCCAAACCAUCGCCCAGCUCCUGGGGGGCCACCUCCAGCUCCUGCCCCCCUGGCUGCUCCUGGUCUGCACCGCCCGCUCCCACAGCAAGGGGGUGCUGCGCCUCUUUCCAGGCUUCCGCCGGCUGUGCCUGGACGACCUGCGUCGGGAGGCGGUGGUGUGUGACUUGCAGCAGUACAUCCUGGCCCGGCUGGACCGGGAGGAGGCUCUCCGGCGGCCCCUGACGCACGACACGGCCGAGGCCCUGAGCCAGCUGCACAUCAAGAGCAACGGCUGCCUGCUGUACCUGGAGCGGGUGCUGGACGGCGUGGCGGGGGGGCUGAUCACCCUGCGGGAGGCGCGCCACAUCCCAGGCACCCUCCCCGGACUCUACCUCUGGCUGUGCCAGCGCCUCUUCCCCGGGCAGGAGUUUGCCGCCGUCCGCCCCGUGCUGGAGGCCCUCCUGGCCACGCCGCGCCCCCUGGGGCCCGCGGAGCUCUACGCCGCCGUCUGGACGUGCCGGCCGGUGCCCUGGGGGGAGUUUGAGAGGUGGCUGGCGGCCCUGGCGAUGCUGGUGCGGGAAGGCCCCGGCGGGACGUGCCUCCUCUUCCACGCCAGCUUCGCCGAGUGGCUGUGCGACGUCAAGCACUGCACCCAGAAGUACGUCUGUUGCCCGGCCCGCGGGCACGCCUUGCUGGCCAUGCGUGCCUCCUGCCGGGCGCCACGGCUGAGCCCAGAGCAGGUCCACGAGCUGGCCCGCCACCUGCUGCAUGCCGGCCUGGGGAUGGAGCCCUGGCAGCUGGCCCUCUGGCUGGUGUGGUGCGGGGUGCCCGUGGAGCACUGCCUGGAGGAAGACGAGCUCCUGCUGCCCGUGCUGGAGCCCCCCGUGGUGGAGCUCCUGGUGCUGGCGGGGGCCCGCCUGGGGGACCAGGGCCCCGGACCCUCCCUGCAGCACGCCCUGGAGCGCGAGAACUCGGUGCGCCUCUUGUUGGAGAACGGCGCCAGCGUCAACCAGCGCGACGCCAAUGGGCGGACUCUGCUGGCCAGCGCCGCCCACAGCGGCAACCACGAAGUGGCCGGGCUGCUGCUGGCGCGGGGGGCGCAGGCGGAGGUCCCGGACCGGCACGGGCAGACGCCCAUGACUCUGGCCGCGCGCCAAGGCCACACCAAGGUCCUGCUCUGCCUGCUGGCUCACGGGGCCAGCGUGGACCGCCCCGACCGGGAAGGGUGGACGGCGCUCCGGGCUGCUGCCUGGGGGGGCCACAGCGAGGCCGUCGGCAUCCUCCUGCGGGCGGGGGCCAGCGUGGACUGCGCCGACGCAGAGGGGAGAACGGCGCUGCGGGCAGCCGCCUGGGGGGGCCACGAGGACAUUGUGGACACACUCCUGCAGCACGGGGCGGACCUCAACCGGGCCGACACGGAGGGGCGCACGGCUCUCAUUGCAGCUGCCUACAUGGGACACCGGGAGAUUGUGGCCCUGCUGCUGGCUCAUGGCGCUCACGUGGACCAUGCUGACGUGGAUGGGCGCACGGCGCUCUCCGUGGCGGCCCUCUGUGUCCCGGCCAGCCGUGGCUACGCCAAGGUGGUGGAGCUGCUGUUGGAGCACGGCGCCUCUCCGGGGCACGCAGACCGGGACGGCAUGACCCCCUUGCUGGUGGCCGCCUACGAAGGCCACGCGGAUGUGGUUGAGUUGCUGCUGGAGGCCGGGGCUGAUGUGGAUGAGGCCGACUCAGCGGGCUGCACCCCGCUCUUAGCCGCCGCUUCCAUGGGUCACAGGGCAGUUGUGGACUCCUUGCUCCUGUGGGGUGCGGCCGUGGAUGCCCUGGACAGCGAAGGCCGGACCGUGCUGGGCGUGGCCGCCGGGCAGGGCAGCGAGGCCGUGGUCAAGGCCCUGCUGGGGCGAGGCCUUGACGAGAACCACCGGGACGGGUUGGGCUGGACCCCCCUGCACCUGGCCGCCUGGCAGGGCCACGCCCGGACCUGUGCCGUGCUCUUGGAGGCCGGGGCCCGCGUGGCUGAGCCAAACCGCGACGGGCGGGCCCCGCUGAUGCUGGCCGCCCAGGAGGGCCACGUGGACGCUGCGCGGCUCCUGCUCGAGCGGGGCUCCCCCAUCGACCACACCGGCUACGACGGACUCUCGGCCCUGGCCCUGGCCAUGCUGGGCGGGCACCGCGCCACGGCCGAGUUGCUCCUGCGCAAGGGGGCCGACGUGAACCUGUCUGACGCCGAGGGCCGCCCCAUGCUCUAUCUCCUGGUCCUGGAGGGCCUCGUGGACAUGGCAGAGCUGCUGCUGGAGAACGGGGCCGGCCUCGAGGGGCGGGACGCCCAGGGGCGCACCGCCCUCCACGUCGCCUGCUGGCAGGGCCGGGUGGACGCCACGCGCCUCCUCCUGAGCUACGGGGCGGACGUGGACGCCGUGGACAGGGAGUGCCGCUCCGUCCUCCACUUGGCUGCCUGGCAGGGCCACGCCGGCCUCGCCCGCCUCUUGCUGGAAAGUGGGGCGCAGCCCGACCACGCCUGCAGCCAGGGGGCCAGCGCUCUGGCCAUCGCAGCCCAGGAGGGCCAAGCUGAGGUGGUGGGUGUGCUGCUGGAGCACGGGGCAGACCCCGACAUCCGUGACAGGGCCGGGCGCACCCCCACGCGCAUGGCGGCCAAGCAGGGUCACCAGGCCGUGCUGCGGCUGCUGGAGCGCCACGGGGCAGCGUCCGUGCCCACCUCCCCGCAGCUGGGCUCCUCCGGCAGCUCCAACAGCAGCCCGGCCCCCCCCGGCAAGCGGUCCAGCUCUCCCUCCAUGGACUCUGUGGACGAGCGCUGCAAGUCCCGGGCGUCCCACGACGGCUCCUCGGCAAGCACCGCGUCCACGUUCCAUUCUCUGGCCACUGCCCAGACGGUGCCCAUCGAUUGCCUCAGCUUCGCCCAGCAGAUCCAGCAGCACUCCCUGCCCCGCCGGCGCCAGGCUGCCCUCUCAGCCGCCCCCCGCUCCGUGGGCCCGGACAAGCCUGGCGGAGGGCCCCCCGGGCCCCCCAUCCUCUCCCUGGACUCUCUGGACCCUCACCUGCACCUGAAGGCCGCCAUCAAGCUGCAGUUCGAGGGCCCCACCUGCGGCUACGACUACAAGCAGGAAACCCCCCUCUGACCCACCCUGGGGGUGGGGGGACCCGGACAGAUCUCU